AGAAGAGUUUUUUGCAGAUGUGGUUCAGCAUGGACAGUUGAAACGGCAGGACACCACUCGGUACCAUAACUAAGUUUAUAGCAGAAUAUACAGUCGCGAUAGCAAGCGGUCGUAGUAAAUGGGCUGUGGAGAGUAACGAACAUCGCUCGAGCCGUCGUAAUACUUUCUUUAUCCAAUUUGUGAAUCGACUUCACUCUGUGCUCAAGGCUUCCGAACGCUAAGGAAAGAAAAUGCCUGUAGCAACUCUUCUACCUUUCACGGUGACCCCAAAUAGGAAGUCUGCCAGUCCAACCUCUUUUCGACUGACAGAAAAAUUCAUUUUGCUGUUAGUUUUCAGCGCUUGUAUCACGUUAUGUUUCGGGGCAAUCUUCUUCUUACCGGAUUCGUCAAAGCUGCUUAGCGGAGUUUUCUUCCGCUCGCCGUCGGUAGAAACCGCCACUCGAACAGGUAUGGAUAGUGGUUCUAGUAUCGGAACGGGAAAUGCUGAUAAAAUACUAGCUAAAAUUAGGAAAGACCACGAAGAUGCCUUAAUUGAAGCUAAAGAUACGCUUCAGAAACACCCUGAAGAUAUCAAGAAAGACAUCAAGAACGAUAAGGAGCAAGUUGUCCAAGGUCUAGUUAAAGGUGGCAAAGGUGACAGUCUAACCUUACCGAUUAUUGAAUAUGUUCGGCCACCCGGAGUAACAGGACACGAGCCAUCAGACCCGGAAACCAAAGAGAAAAGGGCGAAAAUAAAAGAGAUGAUGACGUUCGCCUGGGACAAUUACAAGCGCUACGCCUGGGGCUCCAACGAGCUCCGGCCCGUCUCCAAGCAAGGACACUCCAGCAAUUUGUUUGGGGGUCUGAAGGGGGCGACCAUCGUGGACGCCUUGGACACGCUUUACAUCAUGGAGAUGUACGACGAGUUUGAACUUGCUACCGAGUGGGUGGUGAAAAAUCUGGACUUUAACAUGGUAAGAACCGCUUGUUUCAUUACUAGUUGAUACUAGUCUAAAGGUUAUCCAUGUUCUCUUUUUAUGGAAUAUUGGAAG